GUGUGAGGAAGUUGUCAUCGGAUUUUUAAGGUAAUAAACAGCGCGCAAGACAAUAUUAAUAGAAAUCAGAUGUACAUUUUGGAUAUUUAUUUUUAACUUAGAAAAUUACCACGUUUGAGUCUCUCUGGCUGUAUGAGUGGUUGAUCCAGCAGUGUAAACAGAUGAGCCGACCGACACCAGUACAGGGGAAAUGGAUCCCUACCAUAAUGGAUGAUCAUGGAUGAAGCUGACCGUCUUUUAGAGCACAGCUGCACAGGUUUCACAAAAGACCUAGAGUUCAUUCUCAGUGUUGUGCCCGCAAAACAUCAGGCAGUGCUGUUCAGCACUACUCUCACGACACUGCAGCAUCUGCAGUGCAUCGCCAUGAACAGACCCUUCUUCUGGGAGCACAAACUACAGUAUGACAUCCACCUCAUCAGUGCCAUUGAGGAACACAUACGCAAGUCAACAACUGAAAGACUUCCUUUAUCUUUACUGAAGACAGCGCAGAACCACCCGAUGCUGGUAGAGUUGAAAAAUGGCGAGACAUACAAUGGCCAUCUGGUCAGUUGUGAUAACUGGAUGAACAUCAACUUGAGAGAAGUUAUUUGCACCUCACGGGAUGGAGAUAAGUUUUGGAGGAUGCCGGAAUGCUACAUCAGAGGAAGCACCAUUAAAUACUUGAGAAUCCCUGAUGAGAUCAUAGAUAUGGUGAAAGAGGAAGUCCUGUCUAAGGGGCGUGGCCGAGGUGGCAUGCAGCAAAACAAGCCACAGGGAAAGGGCAGAGGAGGCGGAGGACCUGGAAGAGGAGGUGGAGCUGGAAGAGGUGUUUUUGGAGGUCGUGGAAGAGGUAUGUCAGGAACUGGCCGUGGAGGGCAACAAGACAAAAAACCUGGAAAACAACAAGCUUGAAAAUCAACCAAAAGAGUGAGUUUAAUUUGAAAUGGACGUCCUGGAUCUCUGUGAAGAUUUUAAUUUUGACAAGCUGUAAAGACGCUCUUCUUCUCCAGACAGUUUUUAUUUUCUGUUAACUCUCAUUUUUGUGUGUUUUCACAUUUAAUUUUUUGUUCUGUGCUUUAAAAUACAGUUAUGUUGUAACUUGACUUUUGUAAAAUGCACUUGUGAAUAAACAAUUUUUGUUAAAUA